CAUUCCUUAUUAGAAAUAAAAAAACGUUAACUACUUUUAUCUCCUUUGAUACAUUAUUGUGUUAGGAACAAAUGACAACGAGGCCUAUAUUUGUAUUGUUUGGUUCUUCAAUUGUUCAACAUAGUUAUUAUGAAGGUUGGGGAGCUACUCUUUCUCAUUUGUACUCUCGCAAGGCUGAUAUAGUUUUGCGAGGAUACGCUUCUUGGAAUUCAAGACGUGCUCUACAAAUUUUGGAUAAAGUUUUUCCAAAGGAUGCAAUUGAGCAACCAUCAUUGGUGAUUGUAUAUUUUGGUGGUAAUGAUUGUAUUCGUCCAAAUCCAAGUGGCCUUGGUCCUCAUGUACCAUUGGAGGAAUACAUAGAAAAUAUGAGAAAAAUUGCUAUCCAUAUAAGGAGCCUAUCAGAGAAGACUCGGAUUAUAUUUCUCAGUAAUCCUCCCAUCGAUGAAGCACAACUCAAGUAUAACAUUGAUGAAUUUGGGAAACCGUUAAGGACAAAUGAAAUAUGUGGAAUAUAUUCAAAAGCGUGUUUGGAAUUGUGUCGCGAGAUGAAAAUCGAGGCUAUUGAUGUGUGGUCUGCAAUUCAAAAAAAAGAAAACUGGAGAAACGUUUGCUUCAUUGAUGGAGUUCAUCUAUCAACCGAGGGGAGUGAAAUAUUGACAAAAGAGAUAUUGAAGGUCAUCAAAGAAGCAGAAUGGGAACCAAGUUUAUACUGGAAACUAAUGCCAGUUGAAUUUGGAGAAGAUUCACCAUAUGAUCCAGUUCUUCCUGAUGGAAUCUCAACUUUUAAUGUCUCCAACAUACCUUUUCCUGAAAAUGUAGUGUGGGACUAGACUUAUGUGGAAAAUUUAUAGAAUCCUUAGGGAAAUAACAGAAUAAAAUGCUGUUAUAUGGUAGUCUUGAAUCAUUAAUAUAUGAAGUUUUUGAGACAUUGGAGCUUAAUCAAUGAAAUUCUUUUUACCUUGUA